AGAGAGCAAAGGCCAGUGCAGAUGAUGUAUCAGAAAGACACAUUUAACAUCGCCUCUGUGAGUGAGUUACAGGCACAGGUGCUAGAGCUGCCCUAUGCGGACGAGGAGUUGAGCAUGGUGGUCCUGCUUCCAGAUGAUGGUGUGGAUCUCAGCACGGUGGAAGACAAUCUCACUUUUGAGAAGUUAACAGCCUGGACCAAACCAGGCUUUAUGAAAAAAACCGAAGUUGGUGUUUACUUUCCAAAAUUUAAACUGCAAGAAGAUUACAACAUGGAGUCGGUGUUUCAGCGUUUGGGGAUGGUGGAUGUCUUCCAACAGGAGAAGGCUGACUUGUCAGCAAUGUCACCUGGGAGAGACCUGUGUCUGUCCAAGUUUGUGCAUAAGAGUGUUGUGGAGGUGAAUGAAGAAGGCACCGAGGCGGCCGCAGCUUCAGCCAGCUUGGGCGUAGAAUGCUGUGCUGUCGAACGUGCCCAAGUGUUCUGUGCUGACCAUCCCUUCCUUUUCUUCAUCAGGCACAACACAUCCAACAGCCUCCUGUUCUGUGGCAGGUUCUCUUCUCCAUAAAGGAUGUGCAUGGAAACA